GGCGUGGCCCGUAUAGGCGGGCGGGCGGUGGGUCGCGCCCGGGCAGUCGCGGCGGGGCCAUGAACGGGCUGAAGGGCUGGUGCGCGGUGCUGGACGUGCGGCCCCACGGCGAGAGCCCGGAGAGCGUGAAGGUGCUGCGGCUGACGCUGCCCCACGAGCUGCCGGGCGAGCGGCGCCAGCAGGCCAAGCAGAAGCCCGUGGGCAAAGCCUUCGCCAUGGUGGCCAACAGGUCCAGCAACGGGCACUCCCUGGCCUCGGAGUGCGUCAAGUGCAACGAGGGCGACGAGGAGAUCAUCAAGGUUUAUCUCAAGGCCCGAGGCGAGGGCAGCACAAACCACGAGGAGAAGGUUCAGCUCAGGAGCGAGGUCCGGUACAUCCAGGAGGCUGGAAGUGCUCUGAAGAAGCUGCGGGAGGACUUUAACAGUAAACUUGAGAGCAGCCAAGGAGCUCGGGAGCAGCCACAGGUGGUGCUGGAGCAGCACAACGGGAGCUGGAAGGGCCCCGAGAGGCUCCGGGGGGACUCCUGGGAGGAGCAGGAGGAGGAGAACUGCUCCAGCCAGGACGUGGAGACGCUCCAGGAGACGGCCAGGAGGCUCCUCAGGAGGCUGCAGGAGGCCGAGAAGCGCCAUCAGUUGGAGAGGAAAGCCUUCGAGAGGAAGGUGGCCCAGUACCAGGAGGAAGCGGAGCGGGCGAGCUCUGCCCUCCGGAGAGCGGAGAGGGACGUGGAGCAGAAGGAGGUGCAGGUGGACGAGCUCCAGAGGCUCCUGGCCGGGGUGGAAAAGGAGCGCCGGGCGUUGGUGGCCGAGCUGAGGGCCGGGGAGGCCGAGCUGGGGCGGCUGCGGGGCCUGGAAGGGGACAAGGUGGCCCAGCAGGAACGGGUGGCCCAGCUGGAGAAGGAGGUGGCCACGCUGCGGGAGAAGAUCCACCACCUGGACGACAUGUUGAAGAGCCAGCAGCGCAAAGUGCGGCAGAUGAUCGAGCAGCUCCAGAAUUCCAAGACGGUGAUCCAGGCCAAGGAUUCCACGAUCCAGGAGCUGAAGGAGAGGGUCUCCUACCUGGAGGCUGAGAACCUGGAGAUGCACGACCGGAUCGAGCACCUGAUCGAGCAGCAGGUCAGCCGGGGCGGGCACAGCGCCAGGGCCCGCUCCAAGUCGGAAUACGUGAGCAGCAAGAGGCUGACGGGCCCCAAACCGCUGCCUCUGAUCCGGGUGGUGGAGACCUGAUUCCCGAGGGCCGGGCCGAGCUUGGACUCCUCCCCUUGGCACGGUCGGCUCCGGAUUUCCCUGCUUGGCUCUCGUGCUCCGGCCUCGGGACCCUCCUGGAGCUGCCUCGGGAGCAGCCGAGGGCGGGCGGAGCCCCAGGGCGCUCCCGGCACGAGGAAGGAGGUUUGGGAAGUUUGGGAAGCGUUCCUGCGGGAUCCCAGCCCAGCUCCCGGGCCUGGAAGUCGGGAUAACCCCCCUCCUUUUGGGAUAAUCCCCCUCCUUUUGGGAUAAUCCCCCUCCUUUGGGAUAAUCCCCCUCCUUUUGGGAUAAUCCCCCUCCUUUGGGAUAAUCCCCCUCCUUUGGGAUAAUCCCCCUCCUUUUGGGAUAAUCCCCCUCCUUUGGGAUAGUCCCCCCCCUUUGGGAUAAUCCCUCCCCUUUGGGAUAAUCCCCCUCCUUUGGGAUAAUCCCCCUCCUUUUGGGAUAAUCCCCCCCCUUUGGCGUGGACGAGGCGGAUUCGCCGUC